AUGCUGGCCCUCAAAACAAUGAAACUGCCACUGUCAACGAGCGAGCACGUGCCUCAUCCUCAACUUCCAUCCGAAGUCCUCGACGGGAUCGCAGGGAUUCUGUACGAGGGCAGCUACCGCCAGCCUGACUCACUCUUUGCCUUUUCCCUGGUCUCCAAGCAUUUCAGAAAGUCGACGCUGCCAUACCUCUUCGGCACCGUCUCGCACGUUAUCCGUGAUCAACUGCGUCAUGGCGAGCAUGGACUGCUCCGUCGCCUCGCUACCAGACCAGGCCUGGUAGAGUAUGCCCACACCUUGCACGUGCUGGCACCUGUGGAACACCAGGAAGAUGUGAUGAUGCGCCGUCUUCGAAGUACGCAACCACCGGCGAUUCAGUAUGAUCUCCUGCUGCAUCGCUCUGUGGCUGCGGAAGACAUCCGCCGCGAGUACCAAUCCCGCGACUUCCAGCUGUUACGCGACAGUCUGGCGCUGAUGCAUCGACUCCGUCGCAUUAGAUUAGACUGUUCUCCUGAAUGCGCUGAACGAAUCCUGAAGAUGCUGCCUGAGGGCAAACAGUAUGAAGUCAUCCUUGACCGUCUGUGCACAUCAUGGCCCUGGCCCGAUCUGAUGCAAGCCACCACUGAGGUUUGUUCAGCUGCUGAUCGCCAUUGUCUUGGGCUGGGAGCGUUUGGUGCGCCCCCUUUCAGAUAUCCCGGGCCUACUCAGGCGACCUUCGACCUGAUCUCAGAGGCCGCAGCCUUGAAGCUACACAUGGCCUGGCUGUUGGGUGCCGGGACUGCUCGAGAAGAGGAUGCCGAAGACGUCUCUGCGAAACCCCAUUUCAGGAAGCCACUUUCAUGCACCGAGUUGGGACUCGUCGUCGAGCGUGCAAGCGGGACUCCGCGCCAUUCGCUUUCCGACCUGGAAAUGUCGCUAAUCCCAUGGACAGAGCUCCAAAGACUUUCCAUUGACUGGCAAUACAGCGUGCCCAUGGGUGACUUUUUACAUUCGAUUCUCCACCAACUCUUCAAUCUUCGGGCUUUACACCUACGUGCGUACCGGCAGCGCGGGUAUCAUCCGGCUUGUCCAUACGAAGCGCCUCCCGGCAGGAUAUUCGAUGACCCUCCCGAUUCCCACCUCUUGACAAUAGACUAUGACAAGAUUCCGCGUCUGGAAGAGCUGGCAAUCGACGGAAUAUGCAAUCACAUCGCCGUCUCCCAGCUGGUAGGAGGAGGCCUCCGUUCCCUUCGUCUGCAUCGCGAGGACAACUUGUUUUCAGUGCACAGCGUGGAGAGCCAACGAUGCCACAGAGACAUUCUGCUCGCUGCCCAGUUAUGCCCGGAGCUUGAGCACUUGGAACUCGACGUCGGCUAUAUCGAGAACUUGUGGCAGUCGGUCGCGGUUCCGGGCGUGGAUGUCGACGUCGGCCAAUAUGCGUUUCUCAACGCAAUCUCCAAAUUUCGCCGCCUCAAAUUUCUCCGCCUGUUUCCGCCCUUCGUGGCCAGAGGCUCUCCUCACGACCGCCGAAGCCUGUGCCAUCGCCUCCCGGUGGCUGACUACCAAGCAGUGAGGAUCUUCGAGCAUUUACGUAACGAAUGCCCCUCGCUGCAACUCCUCUCCAUCGCCGCAACCCCGUCGUUCGUCAACGUGGACACCAUGUCCUGGGAAGUCAGAAAGCAUGGAGACACGACGAUUCUGACAACAGGGCAUAAAAUGCGCAAUUACCAACACCGGCAGACGUGGAUUGGGCUACGGCGGAUUCGCAGCGAAAUCAGGCGCUUCGAGGAGGCCCCGGCAUAUUUACCAGAAUCCAAGGAUUGGUGGCUGAGCCGCAAGGAUCGGCUUAUGAUAUAA